AUGGAGGAACAUGAGUGUGAGCGAGAACGGGAUCGGGAUAACCCCUGGGUUCGUGUGCCUGGGAGGAAAUCUAUUUCCUCCAAAUCCCUUUUCUCCGUUUUUGCGGCCAAUCUGACGUUUGAUACCACAGCUGAGGAUCUUCUUCGUAUUUUCGGUCGUUUUGGGAAAAUACGGGAUGUAUUCUUGCCAUGGAAUCGUCAGCUUCACAGAUCUCGUGAAUUCGCCUUCAUCCGUUUCUACUACGAACAGGAUGCCCACAAUGCUAUUCAAUGUUUACAUGAAAGACGGAUUGAUGGCAGGGUUGCGCAUAUUGCUUGGGCGAAAAGUCAAUCGGGCACCCGGGUUACAAUUCCAUCCACCUCUUACCCUGAAUACCAGCAGAGAAAAUCGAAUAUGGCUCGGCCCUUUCUCGAUGCGGCGACCAGAUCAACACCCGGAACAAAAAACCUGCUGUAA